AUGAGACAUUCACUCGUCAGACCCAAGACCUAAUAGUUCAUCACCUCCCCAAAAUACCUAAAAUGCAGAUCUCGAUUGUGAUUCUGGCUAGUUUAGCCGCUUUGGUUGCAUCUGCUCCGGCACAAACCAAGACGGUUAUUAACGUAGACGGACCCGAUGGCCAACACGUACAGACAGGAGAGCCAGGAAAAGCCGUUAACGGUUAUUUCACUUCCCGAAGCUUGGACGGAAUGGAACACCGGACUUUGUACGAGGCCGACGAAAGGGGAUUCCGAGCCACCGGAGCCCAUUUGCCCGUCGCUCCUGGCAUCUUUCCCGUUCAACGUUAUUCCGCAUUUCCCUCAGUUUACCCCGUAGCCUCUGCGCCCAGUUAUGGUUACAGAUAUGCUCCUGAAAACUACUACCCCUAUUAUUAUCCUAACAUCGCCAAUCCUAAUGUCCUAGGAGGUAAACUUGUUUCGGGUAAAGAUUACCUGCCGGCAGUGAACGACGAUGCGGAAUACGAGAACCUCGACGAGCUGUCGACCGAAGAAAUUGCCGCUCUAACCGAACGUGGCCCCCUCACUCCUCUCAUGCUCCCAAUGAUGUUGAUGAACAAGAAAAACAUCAUGCUCAUGUUGCUGGCUAACAAAAUUAUGAUGGCUUUGGGUUAAAUCAUUUGUGAAAGGCAAUCACGCCUUAAUGCCAUCAGCUUUAUUUAAUAUAGUUAAUGUAAAACUCAUGAACCUAUUUAUAACCUAUCACGAUACUGUUUCCUCUUGUAAUUUUUAUUUUUAGUGAUUACAAACGAAAAUAAACAAUUGCCAAUCUAAA